AUGAACAGAAUCUUUCUCGCUUUGUGAGUUUAUAUUCUUUUUCAUUUGUAAUAUCGAUCAUCAAAGUUUGAGAAUAAUUGGUUCAAUUUUUAAAAUUCUGUGAAAAAUACUUCUAAGUUUAGUUUUCUGGAACUAAAGGUACGUGAUAACUUUUUUUCAGAAAAAUAGAUCGUAAACCAAAAACAGCUCAAUAAAUCUUUAAAUUUCAGAUUAGCCCUAUCUGUCAUUAACGCCCAGAAAGACAUCUAUAGCCUUCUCAGCCAGGUAGCAAGUAUUAGAGCUCUAUUUCGAUUUUUUGUUGAAACGUGCGCAUUCAGGUGAGAAAAGGUUUCGUAAGUUUCAGAAAAGCCUCCGACCGCCGACCGAAAAUGCUUCGACGGCCCUGGAAGUGAAGUUGGGCAUGUAUUUGGAAAGUCUCGGCAAUUUUCGCUCAACGGAAAUGGUCAUCAAUUUAUUCAUGAAAAUUAAAUGUAGAAAAAUUUAAAAAAAAAGAGAAUCUCUAGAUAUUAUUCUUAUAAACUUCAUUAUUUGAUUUUUGUUAUUUUUAUUACAUGAAAAUCCGAAUACUCAUUUGAUUAGAAGAAAAAAAUACAUUUAAAGUACAAACUUUGUAACAAAUAUGCAAAGACAAAGUUUUUCUUACUAAUAUCACUAUCUCGACUUGCUCACGCAAUAUCGCGUUUUUGGAUCAUAACAUUGAAAAAUUUGAAAAAAAGAGUUUAAAAACAGGAUAAAAAUCUGAUCUUUCAAUCCACUUAUUUCUGUUAAACGACAUAUUUAUCAUUUAAUCUGUCUUUUUAAAAGUUUACGACAAUAUUAAAAAUAUGUUUGAAAUGUUGUUUCUAAAAAAUCCUGCUUCAGUCAUUUGACGUCGAUCUGUACGUCUACAUGUCGUGGAAAGACAUUAGAUUAUCUCAUAACUUCAGUGAUUACGUGUUAGUGAACGACGACGAGACACGUCAAAAAAUAUGGUAAAUUUGGUUCGAAGUUGGAAGUCUUAUGAUUUUUCAGGCUUCCUGACCUCUACUUUGCAAAUGCCCGUCAAGCGCAUUUCCAAGAAGUUACUGUACCUAAUUUCAAUCUUUUCGUGGCUCCAGACGGGACGAUCGCGUAUUCCUGUCGUUGCACGUUGACUGUGGCUUGCAGCCUUGAUUUGAGGCAAAAUUUUGUGAUGAUAUUAUAACUUAUUUCCUUUCAUUGCAGAUUUUAUCCAAUGGAUUCGCAGCUGUGUUCAAUUAGAGUUUUAAGUUGUGAGUUUUAGUCUUUUUUGAGACCUUUUGAAAAAGCACUUUCUAACACUGUCUUCGAAAAAUCGUUUUCCAUGUAUAAACAACCAACGUUUUUUUUAGCUUUUGAGAGAUCAAAGUCGUAAGAAUGACCAGAGUCUACGGUAAAGUCCCGUGUUCUUCAAAUAUUGUGGAACAAAAAAAUCUGAAUGAAAAAUCUUAGCAUGAAAAGACGGACUCGGACUUUUGAGAAGAAAGACUCUUCAGACGCCUAUAUUGCAAAGAAAAUGAACGUGACGUGGUUUGCGGAAAACCCAAUUCGCUACAAUCCGGACAUUGGACUUCCUGAAUUCCAAAUCGAACAUGUCACAAAAGGAUAUUGCAAUGGAACGUAUCGCUAUGCGCUUACAGCCGAAACCUAUAAACUGGGUUUGUUUCAAAAGAAUGGAGGUCAAAUCUCAAAAUUAUUGCAGACGACUUCAGUUGCUUGACAGGAAAUUUGUUCCUGUCUAGGUCAAUUGGAUAUAACUUGGUCCAGUCUUACAUUCCGACCGGAUUGAUUGUUAUGAUUUCUUGGGUAUCCUUUUGGAUUGAUCGGAGAGGUUUUCGUGUUGAAUAUUAUGAACACAAUUGAAUUUCGAAAUUUCAGCCGUUCCUGCCCGUGUAACUCUCAGUUUCACAACUCUUGUUUCGUUAACAACAUUGGUAUUUUAAUUUCUGAAAAAAAACUGUCUCUUAAUUUUGUACAUACUUUAGGGGAAUGGUUUACGUUUUGGUCUCCCACAGGUGAGCUACGCAAAAGCUAUCGAUUUGUGGUAUGGAGGUUGGUUCAUUUUUUUUCCAUUUCAAGAACCUUCUUUUUUCCAGUCUGCAUGUUAUUCGUCUUCUGCGCUUUGCUGGAGUUCGCCACAAUCAACAGUUAUAUGCGGAAAGCAGAAAAAUUUGAAGCGAUGGCGAAAAAAGUACAAGCCUCUGUGUUUUCAGGUAAAAGCUCAAUCUCAGGUCGUUCCAAGCACAAAUAAAUUUGAAAUUGAAAGCAAAAGAAAAAGAAAAAUUUACAUGUUUACUGAACUUCAAAACAACUCACAAAUCAAAUGUUCACAAAUCAGUUAGCAUUGCAACGUGUUUGCCUGGAAUAGAUCUCAUUUCUGGAUAAUGUUUUCCAGGAAAAGUAAACUCUUCUGAUACAUCAAACGACAAUUGGCAUUGUUGCGGAAAUGAGAAAGGAAAGUCAGUUGUUUUGUUUACAUUAAAAAAAUUAGUCGUAAAUUCAGAAGUUCGAAAAAAAGGAAGACAGAAAAAGUAUUCCGAGCGAGACUCCAUACAAGAAGCUUCGAGCGAGAAAAUAAAGUUUAUAGACCACGACUUCGAAAUGAAAGUCCGUGAAGGUAUGUUAGACUUUUGAAAAUCUAAAAAAAGCCUGAAUCUUGCUACUUUUUUCUCGAAAGACAGUUCCGCGGUGUCAAAUUUUUCCUUCCCUUUUUGAUUAAUGGUAAUCACAGGCCCCGUCACGCCGAUGUCAAUUUAUGAUAACAGCUCGUGUCCAAAAAGAAACAAAGUUGAACUCGACGAUUCGAGUGCAUUUUCUGGUACUUUAUUGAAAAACCUCUGGCCGAACAAAAUAAAACUCAGAUGACGAAACUCACUUUGGUGGGAAGAAAGUUUCACAGACGUACAACACCAAAUCCAUUUCACCGACCGCGUCAACGCAGGAUGAAGGAAUUUCAGCCACAUCUUACCAACAGGUUUCAGCUCUUGUUACUCACAAACUUAUAAACAGCUACUCAGACUUCUCAAAUGCACUCGAGAUACGCACUGAAAAUUGACAAGACCUGUCGAUAUCUUUUCCCGCUGUCGUUUCUUCUUUGGAAUUCAUUCUACUGGUGGUACUACCUGGUUUUUCAAAAAGUCGUGAUAGAGCCCUAG